CAUCGUCACAAGUGUAGGUUGUAUCAGUAUUGUGUGGGUACAUUUCACGCGUGCUAGGGACUUUAAUUUCGUGAUCUAAAGGGUAGAGCACGAAUGAGUGACCUGUUGUUAGUACUGUAGAAGAGUCAAGCAGCAUAGAGCGCACUCUUGUCUCGAAUGUCAACAAGAUAAAGCAAAGUGUUAGUGGUAGAAUAAUUGUGCAUACAUAGCACGAGUUAGGAUACAUACUAAGUCAUAGGCAAAUCAAAUUAUGCCAAGAGAAGCUUAUAUAGAAAUAUGUUGUGAGAGGCCACAAUUUACGUUCGCUAGGAAUUUCGCCAUAUAACGACUUUUAACUGAAUGAUGAUGUGGGAACUGAUAAGAAUCUGGAUGGUUAUGAAACACUGUCAUCUAUGAAAAUAUAUGAUACACACGCACGGUAUCAUCCUUCGAGUCAGCUUGCAUUACAUCGAAACCUAAACAUCAUCAAUUGCGUGAAUGCAGUAGCUUGAAGACGUCAAUCCCAUUUUGAAUCUCCUACUAUCACGACUUCGUGUUCUCUACUUGUGCUCGAUUGCAAAUGCCUUGACAACUCAUGUACCUCAUCGUACAUCUGGCUAUUGAAAGGAGAUUUGACUCGUAGUAUUCGCAAUAACAAACGCACUGAGGAGAGCGUCACUUAGAUGCGGAUGAAGACUGGUACAUUGUCUUACUCAGUGAUAAUUCCUGAGCAAACCCAAGGACCCUUGAGUUUUAGUUUAUUGUCUAAAUGACAGUGGAAUUUUAAUUGGUGUCGGGGUCGAACUUAGUUUGAGUCUUAUGUUGUUAUUCUCCAUAUGUGUCAUUCAAGUCUCUUUAUCUGUCGGCGGCAAAAACUAGACGACUCGAUUGGGGAUAUGUAUAUGGACCAACCUCUGGUACCGGUCCUAUUCCUAACCAAAAUUGGAAUCGCUCAUUUCAGCCGCUUUUUUAGUACUAUGUCAAACACUCAGUUCGACAAUUCAUCAAAGCAGCGUCGGCAAAAACCCUUUUUGACACCAUCUUUUAUGGUAAACAACAUCUUUGUUGACUCGUCAUUUCUUUACUAGUCAAACCAUCGUGUUCUGCGCUACACCAAUUUCGUAGUCUGUUAGUUGGGCGUCUGAUUUUUCUAUAAGUUGGUUAUGUUAUGCGUCCGCAGCGAUCACAUUAUCAGCGUUCGAUUUUUGAUUAGACUGUUUCUCUCAAAUCGACUUUGUCAGCUCUGUCACCGGCGGGGUGGCCCAUUUGUCAUUGUUCUUUACCACAUCGUUCUUAUGUCGUCAUUUUUAUUCUCGUCUGAUAAUCCUGGCUACCACCACCGCGGCCCUGAAAUUCUUCGAGGUGGUCCUGUAGAUUUUACUUUAAUCUUAUUAGUUAGACCAACCCUUACUCUGGAGCACCUUCAUCAACAUGUCGUUUCAAGUCGGUAUUAUGUUGACUUGAUAUUAGUUUUUUCUGGAAGACUGUUGUGUUUUGAGUCUUCACGAUGCCAUUAGCCUAUUCAUUCCAUACAACUGCCAAGUUGUUCGACCUUUCAUGUACAAGACCGUCUUUUGAUC